CGAGCAAGCGCGUGCGCGCGAGGAGAAGCGAGCAGCAGAUUGGAGCGGCUGAUUUUUUUGUCAGGUGGGUCUAGACUCUCUAGAUCAUAGCCUGGUGUACAACAUUCAAGUGAAAUAGCUUCAAAGGUCCUUAAACUUUGGUGGUAUAUUGCCACGGACUUCACAGACGCUGCAUGAUGCGUGAAUACAAGUUAGUGGUUCUUGGCUCUGGUGGUGUUGGCAAAUCCGCUCUUACUGUACAGUUUGUUCAAGGGAUUUUUGUUGAAAAGUAUGACCCAACAAUAGAAGACUCUUAUAGGAAGGCAAUUGAAGUUGAUGUUCAGCAAUGUAUGCUUGAAAUACUGGACACAGCUGGAACGGAACAGUUCACAGCAAUGAGGGAUCUGUACAUGAAAAAUGGACAGGGAUUUGCAUUGGUAUAUUCUAUAACAGCCCAGUCAACAUUUAAUGAUCUUCAAGACUUAAGAGAACAGAUCCUUCGAGUGAAAGACACUGAUGAUGUGCCAAUGAUUUUGGUUGGCAACAAGUGUGAUUUAGAAGAUGAGCGAGUGGUAGGGAAAGAGCAGGGACAAAAUCUUGCAAGGCAAUGGAACAGCUGCGCCUUUUUGGAAUCUUCUGCAAAGUCCAAGAUUAAUGUUAAUGAGAUUUUCUAUGAUUUGGUUCGACAAAUUAACAGAAAAACCCCAGUACAAGGCAAAAUUCGCAAAAAGCCAGUAUGCCAACUGCUCUAAUGCCCAAAUGUACUGUAGCUCUGAGCCAGGUCUGAUAAACUGUUGUUUCUCAACAGUGCCAGCAUUCCAACUUUACUAAACCUAACAUCAAAUGGACUUUCCUGUGGUGAUACCCUAUGACAAUGGAUAAUAGCUACUACGUCAGUUUUUGCACAUAGAUAACUGUAAUCACUCUCCAGUGUCACAAAGAAAGAUAUUUUUACUUAUAUAUAAAUAUAAAUAUAUAUAUAUAAUAAAUAAAUAUAUAUAUUGUUCCUGUAUGCAAAAAAGAAAGAUCCAGAGUCUACAUUCAGUAUUAUUGCUAAUGGAGGUGCCCUCCUUUUACCAAUGUUGUAAAUGUAAGAAACUGAUGUAAAACUUGGACCAGACUGUCUGGCAGGUAUACUUUAAUAUUCAGAAGCACCACUGUUCGAACUAAACAUAACUGAAAGUCCAAAGAGCUCCUGUCUAGACUCCAUAAUAGCAAAGUUUGCUCCUUGUGGUAGUCAUUUUCUUUUCCCUUUCUCCUUUUCUGCAUUUUGUAAAAGAACUAGAAAAUUUUCAUUAUACCAAGAUGCUUUACUGCAAACUGCUAUUAAUGAUUUAUUUUACUUAAGUAUAACCUGUGGAACAAAACAAUUAAUUUUUUUCUUUUGUGUGCAUAUAAAAUAGCCAAUGAUCUUCUGUCACUAUAAUAUUGUCUUUAACCUAAGAUGUUGCCUUCAAAUAUGAAAGUUUUCAGGAUAAACAAGACAAAUGUACAUUUUUUGUUUAAAUAGGAAACAAUGUUUAUAGGUGUUUGUACAGUGGGGGUCCACAACAGGGAGUCUAUUUAAAGUUUUUUUUUUUUCUCCUCCUUUUUUCUUUUUUAUUAUCCCAGAAAAUUAUCCACCACCUUUAGUUUGUAAAUUGUUCUCCGGUGCUUCUGCAGCUGUAGAUUCUCACUGUAAUUCCCCUGCUUGCUCAUGCAUAUGUUGUAAAACCAAAUAUACCAACCGGUUAGUAAAUUGCCUGUUAGUAAUUCUGUUUCUCAUGUGUAAUAUUUGGAUCAAGAUGUUUCAUGGUGGACAAGUACUGUGGAUGUCAGUAGUGAAUGUUGGAACUAAUUUAAAUCAUGCGUAAUUGGUUUCAGGGCACAGAAUGCAGUAUGUAACUUUGGCUGAUUUUGUUUUUUUUCUUUUUCUUUUUAUUCUUUCUUUUAUUAUUUAAGAAUGCCUUGUUGCUUUGUAUGCAUUAACUCCUGGAUGUAAGGAUCCUGUGUAAAUCAAGUCCAGAGCCACAGUAUUUGUAAUGCAACAUCUGCUUUGAGGUGGCCAAAUGUAAAACUAAAAAAGCCUUAAUUAAAGUGGUGCAAUUUUGUAUAACCUAGCAUCUGUAGUUCAAUAAAUUUGGAUUGCCAUGCAAGGGCUUGCAGUAAAGAUUAUCUGCCACUUGAAUGUUUGUGUAUUUGUUUUAACAGUGCUAGUAAAAUAAAUAUUGGUUUAACUUUUUAA